AUGGUGAAAUAUGUGCAAUGUUAUCAUUCUGACAAUAACACUGACAUUCUGACAACAGCAAUUAUCAAUAAAACUAUAAUGACUUUUAUUUCAGUCUCUUUUAAACUGAUCAAAACUUCAAAGCAGCCGACUUUGCUACCAUGUCCGCAAGGCUGUGAAAAGUCAUCAGAAUUUUGGUUUUCAUGGAUUUCCAUAUCACUGUUGCUUUCCGGCAUUCUGAUCGCCAUCAUAACAAUUAAAACGCUUGAAGAGGAUCACAUAGAUCAAAAACACGCCUUAGUUGAAGAAAUAGUAAGAACUGAUAAACGCAGAAUAAACUGA